AUGCUUCAGAGCAGAUUUUUUUCUUUUUACAAAGCCUCUUGUGCACACACACAGCACAGUAAAAGGCCAGAACAUAGCACAGCAUCAAAUUUACAAGGCACAUUGUCAGCAUAUGAUUUACGUCUAAACAAAAAACAUAGCAGACCUUUAGACAGAGCACUACCUGAUGGAGCACUACCAGUCAGAGAGGUGGAGCAAUACCAGUCGGAGAACUACAUGGUGGAGCACUACCAGUUGGAGAACUACAUGGUGGAGCAAUACCAGUCAGAGAACUACCUGGUGGAGUACUACCAGCCAGAGAACUACCUGGUGGAGCAAUACCAGUCAGAGAACUACCUGGUGGAGCAAUACCAGUCAGAGAACUACCUGGUGGAGCAAUACCAGUCAGAGAACUACCUGGUGGAGCAAUACCAGUCGGAGAACUACCUGGUGGAGCAAUACCAGUCAGAGAACUACCUGGUGGAGCAAUACCAGUCAGAGAACUACCUGUUGGAGUAA